UUCCCAGAAAACGUCCCCCAGUUUGCGUGGCUCGGCUGCCAGACACUCAGACGUGCUCUGACCCUGCCAGGCAAGGAGCCAGCUGGGCCCUGGGGACGCUGCAUGGCUCCUCGUGCAGCCCAGUCACACCUCUGCUCCCAGGGGAGCUGACCUGUUGUCUCCUGUCACGUUUCCCUCUGCUUUGGUUGGUUUCCUGCAGCUUCUGUCUCUGGUGUCUCAGCGUUGUGCAGAUCCAGGACUUUGUGUCCUGCUUCUUGGGGAGAAGGGCCCCUGGUUACCCUGCUCAGGGACUUGUUUGGCCCUUCUCCAGAGAUGGCCGGUGUGCAGCUGUGUGUGCUGGGGGCAGCAGCCCUGCUCUGGCUCAGCCAUAUCUUGUACUCGUCCUCUCUGAUGCCUAGGUCCAUGCCCUGGAUGUGGUCCCCAACUCCAGGACUCAUUCUGCCUUCUCUGUGGCUCCGUUCCUGAGGGAGUCGAAUGUGUUGGACUUUGUGGCAGUCCCAGGGGAGCCGUGGCCGUGCCGUGUCAUCAGCAAUGAUUCCCCGCUGACAGGCUGGCCCCCCUGGUCAGACAGCCGAUGUCCGUGGUGUCAGCAUAGCCGUUGUUCCUGCUCCAGUGCUGGCUCCUGCUGUUCUGCUGGGUGGAGUCCGUGGUGAUGGCAUGUGUCACCCGGGACAGCAGUCCCACUGCCCUCUCCCGUGUUUGAGCACGUUCCUUCCUGCGCUCCUCCUGCGGUACCUCCCACUCUUAACAACCAUUUAAAUCCAAUCUCAGCCCAGUUUCCACGAGCUCUUCAGUUACCACCUCACUGGAAAGUGCUUUAUCACCUGGAGUGACAUGGUGCAGCACCCUUGCUUGUUCCCAGCAGAGCAGAUGUAAUCAGACUCCUUGGUCUGAGCCGUCACUGAUAUCUGCUGCUUCCCACACCAGUGCUUCUGCUGUUCUAGCUGUGCUCAAACAGAAAAAACAGCAGAGGCUGUUCAAGGUGGAGGCUGAGCCGUGCCGACUGCAGCUGGAGAUGGUUCAGCUGUUACCUUUGGGGAGGAUGCCGGCUCUGAGGCCCAGGUAGGAGCCUGGCCAUGGGGACUGCACUGGGGCUGGCACCUUCCUGCUGCCCUCCAUAGCCUGACAGCAGCUGGCUGCCGUCCUGACGGGCCACCAUGGAGCAGCCCACGCGGAUGCCCGGGCCCCUCCGCCUCCUGGGCUUCUUUGGGCGGAAGCCACAGGCUGUCAGAGGGGAGACGUCACCAGAACUGGAGCCAGAGCUGGAGGAACCUGAGGAGAUGUGCAUUGCACUACCCCUGGGUGAGGGCGAGGAGCUGGUGGAGUGUCCCCUGUGCCUGCUGCCCCAGCCUCCUGAGGCCUUUCCCACCCUUGCCUCCUGCGACCACCGUUCGUGCCAGGCCUGCCUGGAGCAGUACCUGCGCAUCGCCGUCAGUGAGAGCCGCGUGCAGGUGGCCUGCCCACACUGCCCUGCCGCGCUCCAGCCUGCCGAUGUCCACCGUCUCCUGGCUGAGCCCGCCCUCCGUGACAAGUAUGAGGAGUUCCUCCUGCGACGGCUGCUGGUGGCCGACCCUGGCACCCGCUGGUGCCCCGCGCCUGACUGCAGCUACGCUGUCAUCGCCUACGGCUGUGCUGAGUGUCCCCGCCUCACCUGCGGGCGUGAGGGCUGUGGCACUGAGUUCUGCUACCACUGUCGGCAGCCCUGGCACCCUGAUGGCCCCUGUGUGCCAGUGCUGCCAGCCCCCAGCCUGGCCAACCCUGCAGCACAGCUAGUCCACCCGGAGGACUCGGCCCAUGCCGAGGCCGAGGACAUCAAGGUCUGUCCCCGCUGCAGUGCCUUCAUCAUGAAGAUCAAUGACGGGAGCUGCAACCGCAUGAACUGCACUGUUUGUGGCUGCCUCUUCUGCUGGCUCUGCCUGCAGGAGAUCUCUGACGUGCACUUCCUGAGCCCCUCUGGCUGCACCUUCUGGGGGAAGAGGCCUUGGUCACGGACCCGGAAGAUCCUGUGGCAGCUGGGUAUGGUGCUGGGGGCGCCUAUGGUGAUCUCCCUCGUCGCAGGCAUCGCUGUCCCUGUCAUUACCAUUGGGAUCCCCAUCUACAUGGGCAGGAAGGUGCUGGGCCAGAGCCGGAGGAGCAGCCUGUCGGGGUGCCAGCAGUGCCUCUCUGUCACCAGCAGCAUCCUCCUCUCUCUUUUUGUGUCCCCCAUCAUAACAGCUGUCACGGUGGGAGUCGGUGUGCCCCUGAUGCUCACCUACGUCUACGGGGUGGUGGUGCUGUCGCUAUGUCGGAGCCGCUGGGGGUGCGGGGGUGGCCGCAGCCAGCCUGGGGAUCUCGGCGUGGUGGAGCUGGAGAACCUGACCAAGCUGAAUGAGCUGUGGUCGGUGCUGCCCAGCCCCAGGGGGGGGGAGGACGGCGUCCCAGACACGACCACCUCCUUCCCCAGCGGCAGCCAUAGCCCGCGCCACGGAGCAGUAUGGAAGGAGCAGGACAGCCAGUCAGCCAGCACGGUGGCCCUGGCGGGGAGCAUGCUGAGCGAGGGCCAGGACACAUCCUACAGGGAAGGCAUCAACAUCGAGGUGGAGGUGUCGAUCGAAGCAGUGCCGCAUCCUGCCCGGGAGCAGAGCCUGUGCAGCGCGCUGUCAGGGCAGAGUCUUUCUGGAGACUCCCUGGGAGGCACCAGUGACAGGUGCAGCAUCGUGGGCGUCCCUGCAGAGUGAGGGGGACUCUGCAGCACUGAGCGGGGAGACCCUUGAGCCACAGAGCCCCCACCUGCCACUGACACAAAGAUCCACAUACCCUUUUGUGGCAGAGCUGUUCCCCCACUGCAGGGCACUGCCAGCCUUGUGAACUGGCUCCUGGCCAUCCCUGGGCUGUGCAGGUACUGACUGCGCUCAGCGCUGCUUGCGCCCAGCCCCAUCCACCCCUUCCCUGAAGGCAGUCUUGAGCAUUGGCACCGCUGGGAAAUAAAACUACUCUCA